GCCUCUUUUAUCUCUUGUUUUUGUUCGUCGGUGAGCUCCGGACGUGUGUGCGUGCGUCUCUUGGCUUUCUGAGCGGAAGCAGAAUACAUGGCGAGCGGAUCGAGCGUGACGCUUAGCUCAAACAAUUUGGUGGUGACCGAAUUGACGUCUGUUUGACACGGACGCGUCUAGGACCCCUUGCACCCCUACUAUAAAUGUGAGCGUAAUUUCGUCACGGUCGCGUCCGAGUCGAGUCAGUCAACUUCGUCCUUCUCUGAGUCAUUACAACGACAAAGUCAUUAUAAGUUCUUCUGUAUAAUUGGGAGGCACCGCUAAUACGCCUAUAACAACUCAGGAAUUUUCAGUAGAGCUAUUCAGAAGAUGACUUACUGUUCUCGUUGUGACCGCUCUUUCUACUCCUGGUCUGCCUACCACCAGCACAUCCGAGACUCCUCUAAUCACUGGGAAUGCCAGAGUUGUUCAAUAGACUUUGAAUCUUGGCUAGGGCUCAAAGAACAUUACGUUCAGAGCCCCUACCAUGACUACUGCCAGUAUUGCGACAAACACUUUGACUCCUCGUUUGAGCUACAGGAUCAUUACGAAGACGAGCAUUAUUACUGUGGCUCUUGUGAAAAAGUCUUGAAGAACGCCUUGGGCUUGCACGAGCAUAACCGGCAGAAGCACGCCAACGUGUACUGUGUUCCGUGCAAAAGACUCUUCCAGUCUCCGAGCAACCUUCACUCUCAUUUGAACUCUAGCACACACCGCCCUAAAGACAUCAUCUGCCCCUUCAACGGAUGUGACUUGGGGUUCACUAACAAGUCUGCUCUCAUUCUCCAUCUUGAAUCCGGCUCAUGUCGAUCAGGCGUCAACCGACGCGUCGUUGACAACUGGGUCCGCGCCAAUGACCGCUCUAAUGUCAUUACCAACCCAGCGCGGCUUAUUACUGCUGGUGAACGUGCCAACGUUAAGCUUAUCGCGACAGAGCAGUCGUGGAACGGGGAGGCCUAUGAAUGUGUUCUUUGUCACUCCCAGUUCCGGACUUUGAUGAACUUGAAUCGUCACUUGGACAGCCCUCGCCACCAGGAGAAAGUCUAUCGGUGCCCUCUCAAUACCUGCCAGAAGCACUUCGCCUCCCUUAGUGGGCUGUGUCAGCACAUCGAGAGUGAGCGUUGUGGCGUGACCAAGUUCAGGGCAGUCCAAGACGCCAUGAACGAUCUCUUCGCCGGCGUCGCCCGCAUCACAUUGUAAAGUUCUACAUGACGAUUGAAGGUCCAAAAGCUAUACUGGAUACUUCUUAUUCAGCCCUCGUGUUGUCUGCGUUCCUUCACAUGCCACAUCCACAUGGUUUCAUCACAGAUAAUCAGUUCUAUUCUUCUACUAUACAUUUUUCAUUCUUCAACCAGGAGCACUGCCUUACCCGUUACAAGUCACUAUCUGCGUGCCUUAACAUCCCUAUUGAUAAAUCGAUGAUGAUACUUUUUGACGACUCUGGCCAAAGCAGGUUUUCUGUUCUCCCUCAGUUGUAUACUAUAGUCAUACCUUACAUACGUUCUUAUUUUCCGCGUUUCAAUUGCGCCAUAAGUGAAUCAAAUCGAAG